GUCGCGCAGUGUGCUCAGGAUCUUUAACUCCCCCGUCGUCUCAGUCGAAACAAAAAGAAAAGGAUAAAAAGGAUUUUUUGUAUCUUUUCUUCUUAGCGGUGCUAAUUAAAUGUGGAGUCGGGAUUUGUUAGAUAAGCGAGGCGCUUUAAGCUUGUUGCCUUUUUCUUUUUCUCUGAGUGGGGAAGGGGAAUAGACUGGGCUGGCUGUCAUGCUGCAGCCGAGAGGCCUUUGGAUUGGUCUGUGUGAUUAAGAAUAUUCUCUCUUUUUAUUUUUGCUUUGUUUUUUCCGUGAUCUUUGCCCCUCCUUUCUUUGCUUCUGCAUCCUGUUUCAGAAAGAUUUUUCCUUUGCCACCACCACCUACUCUUGUUGUAAAAGGCUCUUUGAAGCUCAUCAAGUGUCGAUGCAAUUUCCAAGGGACUAUUUUUGGAUCUGAAGAAGCUAUUUUUGGGUUCUUGCUGCAAGCUUUAAUCCCUUCUUGGAAAAAAAACCAAAACAUCAUAUUUAUUGCUGUUGACUGCUGUCUCUGUGUUGAUUUCUUCAGACUUGGGGGUUCUCGAGUUCAUGAGGUAGACUGGGAACAAGAUCUUGGAGUUGCAGCUUGGGGAGAAUGGGGUGGAUUUCACUUGCUUUUGGGGUUCUUUCUUGGAUUUGCUUACUGGUUUCUGUGGGUGGGAUUGGUGCUAAUUGGGGGACACAGGCAAGCCACCCUCUAUCGCCAACUACGGUGGUUCAGAUGCUGAAGGAGAAUGGGUUUCAGAAGGUGAAGCUGUUUGAUGCUGAAGAGGGCACAAUGAGUGCCCUGAGGAAGAGUGGGCUGGAGGUCAUGGUUGGCAUCCCAAAUGACAUGCUUGCGAUGCUGGCCACUAGUAUGAAGGCUGCAAACAACUGGGUGUCCAAUAAUGUCUCAGCAUACAUCAAUGAUGGAGUCAAUAUCAGGUAUGUCGCAGUUGGAAAUGAACCUUUCUUGCAGACCUACAAUGGGAGCUUUCUGCAGACUACUUUUCCAGCACUCCAAAAUAUCCAAGGAGCUCUCAUCAAAGCAGGCCUCAGUAACCAGGUCAAAGUCACUACUCCACAAAAUGCUGAUGUUUAUGCGUCACCUAGUGGUCGACCUUCUGAUGGGGACUUCCGCUCUGACAUUCGCGACCUCAUGCUGGCCAUUGUCAAGUUCCUCAAUGACAAUGCCGCACCCUUCACCGUGAACAUCUAUCCUUUCAUCAGCCUUUAUAGCGACCCCAACUUUCCUGUGGACUAUGCAUUCUUCGAAGGAUCUUCCUCUGCUGUCGUUGAUGGUUCAGUCACAUACAGCAACAUGUUCGACGCAAAUCUUGAUACUCUCGUAUGGGCCAUGAAGAAGAAUGGCUUCCCAAAUCUCCCCAUCAUCGUUGGUGAGAUUGGUUGGCCAACAGACGGCGACGUGAAUGCAAAUGUUCAAUAUGCUCAGAAGUUCAAUCAAGGAUUCAUGAACCACAUCUCAUCAGGGCAGGGCACACCGAUGAGGGCUGGACCGAUUGAUGCAUACCUUUUCAGUUUGAUCGAUGAGGAUCAAAAGAGCAUCCAACCAGGGAACUUCGAGCGGCACUGGGGUAUCUACACUUACGAUGGGUGGCCAAAGUAUCAGCUGAAUCUGGGGACGACGAAGACUGGCACGCUACUUCGUGCCAAGAAUAUCCAGUAUCUGGACAAGAAGUGGUGUGUUCUGAAGCCCUCUGUCAAUCUCGAUAACUCAAAGGUCGCACCGAGCAUCAGCUAUGCAUGUGCUAAUGCAGAUUGCACUAGUCUCGGUUACAAGACUUCGUGUGGCGAUCUGGAUGCCCGAGGGAAUAUAUCAUAUGCUUUCAACAGUUUUUACCAGAAGAACGACCAGGACGAUGUGGCUUGUGGUUUCGAAAACCUGGCGACGACCACCAACAAGGAUCCAUCCACUGGUACUUGCCGGUUUGGUGUAAUGAUCAUAGCUGAUUCUGGAAUCAGAUACCAGGGAGCUGGUCUGAUACUGUCUGUACUUCUUUCACUAUUUCUUACCUUGUUUUGACAUUAUUAUGCAUGGUGUCUUCAAAUUGCAGCCAUACUUCCAUGA